CCAUUUAUUUGUAUAAACCUAUGUUUUCCAGUACCCACUACCUGAACUAGUGAUUAUUCAUAAGGAAACUGAGUAUUUAGAAGAUGUUAAAUCCCUGGAGAAGUACAUUAAGGAGGAAGUAAACAUCAAGACGUUAACAGUUACAACAGACAAAAAAAAGUAUGGAGUCCAGAUGAGAGCAGAACCAGAUAUCAAAGCUCUUGGUUUAAGACUCAGGGCUUCAUCAAAAACUGUAGCACAAGCUGUAAGGGAGUUGACAGAUGCUCAGCUACAGACCUUCUUAGAAGGUGGUAAGUUAACGGUAGCAGGCCAGGAACUACAGGAGGGAGAAGUUCGGAUCAUGUACUCCUUCAGUGGGGAGAAGUCCAAAGAACUGGCAGAAAGAUAUGAAGCACAUGCCCAGGCUGACGUUCUGAUACUCCUGGAUGUCACUCCUGACCAGUCCAUGUUGGACGAAGGAAAUGCCAGAGAGGUUAUAAACCGCAUUCAGAAGCUCAGAAAAAAGGCCCAUCUAGUUCCCUCUGAUCCAGUCAUCAUCUACCUAACCAUACAACCACCAGGCCACCAGAUGGAGACUGUAGUACAGAAUCACAGAGAGUUUAUAGAAAGUACCCUUAAAGCACCGUUAUUUAAUCAACAUGCUCCUCUUAAUGCUGAAGCUAUUAUACAAGAGACUCAAGAUCUUAAAGGUGCUAGUUUAGAGAUGGUGAUUGUUAAGGGUGGUGUGGAUGACACUCCUGCUGACUCCAGUUCACCCGAAAAUGUAACUUCUCAGUUUAGUUCAACAAACGGACUUCCAUUUUGCAAGUACAUCAAUAUCGAGCUGUGUGACUCGGAGCCACGGAUGGGAGCUACAUCUCGCAAGGCCACAGUGUUUUUGGAGAACCCUGUAGGAGACUUCGAGUUGACGUUCAGUGAGUUAGUAAAACAGGUGCAAGUGGUGUUUGGUCUGCAAGGAAGAAGAGUUCUUCUGGCAUCAUCCCGAGACAAGAAGAAGGUGCUCACUAAUUUGACAAAAGAUGAUGUUCGAAAGUUACAUUCACAGACGUUGUAUGCCUACGUAGAAUGAUUAAAGAACUUCUGUAGUUGACAUAAUUGAAGAAUAAAACCUUUCAGUGUUUAAUUUAAAUUCA